GCCGUCGCCGACAAUUCAACUCCUCACUGUCUUCCAAACCCAAACCCAGGUUCCUACUCUGCUCAUUGUGAUCCAAUAUAAUUCCAAUCAAAUCCACAGCCGGGUGAUAAUUCGGCCGCCUCAAGGACCAAGAUGCCGUCUUCGGGAUUUGCCUUCGUCCCCGGCUCCGGCGGCAAGAAGGCGCCGGCGGUGGAGAUCCGCCAGGUGUGGGCUUACAACAUGGACUUGGAGCUCAAGGCGAUGCGGUCCGCGGCGGAGCGGUGCCCGUUCGUGGCCAUGGACACGGAGUUCCCCGGCGUGAUCCACACCCACCCCACCAAGCACCACGCCGCGCUCACCGCCGCCGAGCGCUACGAGCUCCUCAAGGCCAACGUCGACGCCCUGCAGCUCAUCCAGGUAGGCCUCACCUUCGCCGCCACCGCCGAUUCUCCCCCCGAGGUCGCCUUCGAGGUCAACCUCCGCGGAUUCGACCCGCGGAUCCACCGCCACGCGCCGGACUCCGUCGCCCUGCUCGCGGCGCAGGGGAUCGACUUCGCGGCGCACCGCGACCACGGCGUCGACCCGCGCGUGUUCGCCGCCAUGCUCAGGACCGCCGGGCUCGUGCCCGGGAAGUGGGCCGGGUCGCCGCGCACCUGGGUGACCUUCAGCGCCGGCUACGACUUCGGGUACAUGGUGAAGCUCCUGAUUGGGCGGAAGCUGCCGGCGUCCAUGGCGGACUUCCAGGGCCUCGUGCGCGCCUUCUUUGGGGACGAGGUUUAUGAUGUCAAGCAGAUGAUGACCGGCUGCGGCGGGCUCUACGGCGGGCUGGAGCGCGUCGCGGGCUCGCUCGGCGUGCAGCGCGUGGCCGGGCGGUGCCACCAGGCCGGCUCCGACAGCGUGCUCACCUGGGACGCCUACAGGAGGAUGCGGCAGGUGUACUUCCCGCAGCACGGCGUGCUGCGCGCCGCCUAUGCUGGCGUCAUCUUCGGGCUCGAGCCCUGCCCUCCCAUGGCGGCCACGGCGGCGCAGGUGAACUGCGGCGGCGGUGGCGGCUACUACAGUUUCCCGGCCAUGGCGCCGGCGCAGGUGGCGAGCAUCGGCGGCGGGAGCUGGGUGGUGCCACCGGCGGCGGCGCGCAUGGCGAGCGGCGGGCGCAAGGGUGCGCGCAGGGCGAGGGGCAGCAAGGUGGCGCCGGCGGCAGCGGCGGUGCUCUGAGUCGAAGAAGACGACGAUGAUGAGCAGAGUAGUAGCUAGCUAGCCUAACAGGUGUUAGCGUGUUAGUUGCUCUCUGAAUUAGCUCCUGUUGUACAUAGGUUCCUAGCUUGAUCCCCGUCUCCGGGACAAUAACAUGGGAGUAAAAAUCCGUUCUUUCGUUGGUUAAAAUCAAUCCCCUGUUCUUUGGUUCUU